AAGCUUGCACCUUUAGUGUUCUCGACGCCUACCUAAAUAAGUACCUAGGUAGGCACCUAAGUAUGUGCAUAAUACUAGGUACCUACUCCGUAGGUAGAUGAUAUUUCAAUUAGCCUAGGGGCCCCAACAAUAGGUCUUCUUUCGUUCAUUGCUCUCAAUAGACAUCUCUUGGUUAUUGUAAUAUUCUUUCUGCGUGGGGAGAGAUCAUCACGUCCAUCGAGGGCCCGGUUCGCCAUUGAUACAAUCUCCUAGACUCAGUCCUCCGGCUAGAGACUACUCUCACUGCGCAGGGCAACAAAGCCCACCAUUCAUCGCAUCUAAGAAACACGCCCUUACUAGUACUCGUACUUGAUCUAUUCGACUACCAUUAUGGCUUCCGGGCAACAGGAACUCACUCAUAACGAAAUAUGGGACGACUCGGCUUUGAUCGAUUCCUGGGAUCAGGCUCUAGAGGAGUAUAAGAAAUAUCAUAGCAUCCACAGGAAUGGCGGCAAUGUGAAUGAUCUGCUUAAGCCGAGAGAUGAAAGCAGCACUUCAGAUGCCAAGCAGGACCUACAGGAGAUUGACGAUUCGCCAACCCAUGGAAAACUUGAAACGCCUUCCGAAAUGAGAGAGGAGAAACCCAAUGAUAGACAGGAAACCGGAAAUGCGGCACCCCAGCAUAGCCAUCCACGGAUAGGAGACGUUCCCUCGGCUCCGGCAGGUUUACUAGGCACAGUACGAGAUGAGGGAUUAAAGAGGCUUCUCAUGUCGUGGUAUUACGCCGGUUACUACACUGGAUAUUACGAAGGCCAGCGAGAUUUACCUCAGAACUAAGACACUUUGGAAUAAAAUCGCCCACUUCUCAUUGAUUGAGCUUGGGAAUUACCGGGGGAGUUGGGUAUAACCAAAGUGAGUUAUUGCUUUUACAAGGGUCUGGAACGCGGGAUGUUGUAUGGUCGAUUAAUGUUGACGUUAGCCUCGCCAAAGCUGCUGCAAGCCAU